UGCUGUUGUACCGGGUCCGCAAUUGAAACUUCUAGGUUUUAGUUAAUGUACCUAGCUAACCUAUAAGGGGGUGCGCUUCUCUAUGUAUAAAUUCUAGUUUAAAAAUAUGAGCUCAUUUUUCUUAAGAUGGUUUGUAUAAUUGGUUUCUUUAGGAUGCGUAGUUAGCUUAGUUUCAGACCAUCUCUCAUAUCGAAGCUCUCAUUUCAUCACAUUAGACCAUAGCCGAGCAAGAUUUUUUUCCCACGAGCAUUUCAGCCAGGAUUUGCAGUUGUAUGGUAUACUGUGAGUUUUCUGUUGUUGUAAAAUGAACACUUAAACAAAGAAGCUCGACGAUCAGUUUGCCCGAAGCACCACCAAACUUCUUGAAGUUGUCAUGGAUUACGGGUUCAGCAGGAUGGCAGCAGAUACCCCAGUUGACCUAAUUUCAAAAGUGCUGGAGCAGCAGGUGCUUCAGUCUGCCCAAAUAAUAGAGGAACAGCUAGAUGCCGAGCUCAAUAAACUGGAACAAAUGGAUGAAGAUGAGUUGGAAAGGCUUAAAGAAAAAAGACUUGAAUCUCUGAAGAGAGCUCAGCAACAGAAGCAAGAAUGGCAUGCCAAAGGGCAUGGUGAAUACAGAGAGAUUCCAAGUGAAAAAGAUUUUUUCCAGGAAGUUAAAGACAGUAAAAACGUGGUUUGUCAUUUUUACAGAGACUCUACUAUCAGAUGCAAGAUACUUGACAAGCAUUUAGCAGUUUUAGCUAAAAAGCACAUCGAAACUAAGUUUUUGAAACUUAAUGCUGAAAAAGCCCCAUUCUUGUGUGAGAGACUGCGUAUAAAAGUCCUUCCAACUCUAGCACUGUUGAAGGAUGGAAAGACCAAGGAUUAUAUUGUUGGCUUCUCUGACUUGGGUAACACUGAUGAAUUUACAACGGAGACUUUAGAGUGGAGACUAGGGUGUGCUGAUAUCAUCAGUUACAGUGGAAAUUUGAUGGAGCCUCCAUUUCAGACUUCAAAAAAGCCUGGGACAGGCAUAUUUAAAAUAGAGAAAAAAACAAUCAGAGGAAAAGCAUACGAUUCAGAUUCUGAAGAUGACUGAAGACUAUGCAUUACCUGUACAUCUUCAUGCAUUUCAUUAAUUCAAAUAUGUGCUGCACUUUCUCCUGUCAUUUUUCGUAUGAAAUGUUAAUUUAUAAAUGCCCAUAAUACAUAUUUUCAUCAAGACUUUUUGUACAGUAGUUCAGAUUUAGAGAAUGCUCAUUCAGACAUGUUUGCUGUUGGCAGAAUGUGUAACCCUUGAUGCCAGUAGCAAAUAUAAGCUAUUAGAGGGUGGCCUAAUGGUUAAGGUGUUUGCCUUUCAAACCCUUGUGUUUGUAUCUCACAAGGGAUAAUUGGCUAGGCUUAAAAUAGCUCGCAAGGGUAGUUAGCCUAGUACUAACCUAUGAACUUAAUCCUGUUUCAUAACUAACCAAAAUAAGGCUAAAAGCAAUAUUUUUUGCAGCAUUGUUCAUGUAUUUUACAUAUGUCACUUAAAAAGACUUAUUUUGUUCAUAGACCCACAAUAUUAAAGUGGGUGAAAUGUGAUCCACUUACCUCAUUUGAUUAUACUGAGUUAAGGAAAAGAUCUGGGUCUAAACAAAUCUGUUGUCUCCUCAAGAAUUAGAUUAAAAAUAGGAACAGAGCAUUUUUUAACCCCAAAUUGUUAGACUAGGUAGUUUUAGUUUUUUAAUUAGUAAAAAGCACUACUCGUGACUAUACUGCUGCUCUAGCUGUCACCUAAUUGACAGUGAGAACAGUUGUCAUCUCUUUUUCUGGCAGUCAUUGCAAUUUGUUAUUUUUGUAUAUGUAUUUAUAUCAACAUUUACAAUAAAAGCAGUUUGCUCUGGUUUUCA